CGAGGGUCGAGGGUUGAGGAUCGAGGGUCGGCAGCGAAGCCCCUGGGGUGCGUCAGGCUGUUUCAGAAGCGGCGAAGGCGCGUGGUUGCGAACAGGGGAGACUGGACGGCAACGUGUGGAUGA